AUGGAGUCUGCAGCGUUCCGUCGCUCUCCGACGUCCCGCGGGGUCAUAUAUGCGUACUUCCACGUCCCAGCUUCUCAAGGUCGCCAAACCCUCCUCUUCCUCCAUGGCUUCCCGGCCUUCGCCCGUAUCUGGCACAAGCAGGCUUCUUUCUUCCGCGAACGUGGCUAUGGAGUCCUUAUACCCGAUAUGCUGGGCUACGGCGGCACGGACAAACCUUCCGACCCUGCCGCGUACGUUGGGACGAAGGUCGCACGAGACAUAAUCGACAUCGUGGAAGGCCUCGGACUGCAGAAAGUGGUGGCGAUUGGACACGAUUGGGGAUGCAGAGUGCUUUCGCGUAUCAUCAACAUAGCCCCUCAGCACUUCUCAGCGUUUGCGUUCCUCGGUGCCGGAUAUCAGGCUCCCCGCGGGCACUUCGACCUAGCCGCAACACAUGCAUGGACUCAGCAACACCUGGGUCGAGUUCUGUAUGGUCACUGGGAGUUUCUAGCUUCUCCUGAAGCCCAGACGCUCAUCGAGCAGGACUUGCCCGGUUUCGCCAGUCUGAUGUUUCCCGCGCAUCCUGUUGUAACGCUCCAACAUGUAUGCCCUCUCGGAGCCAUGAAGCAGUUCCUUGAGCAAGGUCACAUUGCUACCCCGCCUUCCUACCUUGCAGCCUCGGAGCGUAAUCGACUUGUACAGCAAUUUCAGACCCACGGCAUCGCUGGACCGUUGAACUGGUACAAAGCAUUGGUGCACGGGCACGUCGCUCAAGAUGAAAGCACUCUCCCUAUGACCUCCUUCCACUUCAUGCACCCCGUCUUCUACGGCGCAUGCCCCGAUCAUCCUAUCUCCCUUCCUCGCUUCGCCAGAGACGGCUUCGCUGCGUUCGCCGCAGGUCCCCUUACCGUGCACGAGUUUGCACGUGCAUCGGACUGGGUCAUGCUCACGCAUUCAGACGAACUAAAUGAGGCGCUACUGGCGUGGAUUGAACAACUGUAA